AUCGUAUUACAUUAUUUAUUUGUGUGUGGUGUCUAUACAACAAGGGUGACUAAAAAUGCUCAAAGUGGCGGUGAAAAGCGCCAUAAAUACACACAGUCACAUAUAACAACAAUUAAUUAUAUUAUUUAGGGUUAUUAUAUUAUUAUACAAUUAUUAUUUUUCAAUAAAUUCAAUACCUUGUGCUGAAAAACAUCAAUAAUAUCAACAAUUUUUUGGUUAUGUUACUCAAUUUUUUUUCAUUGUGUACAUAAGUGCGCGUUGUUUGGGUUUGUUUUGUGUGUAUUUUGUUGAUUAAAUUUUUAACUUUUAACAAAAAAGUAUUAAUAUAUUUGUGAAUUUUAAUUAUACCUAAUGUGUAGUUAAUUAAUUUGACAAUUAUUUGUGAAGGAAAAAUGUGUAAAGUGAUGUUGAUGUUGUUGCUUGAAAUUUUGUUGUUGACACAUGAGGCCAUUUUUUAGUACAAUAUUUAAGCCAAAUUUUAACAUAUAAAUAAUGUAUAUUAUUGAAUUUUAAUAAUUACAAUUGAUAGCUUAAUAUUUUAAAAUAUAAUUGGAGUAAUUUUUUUUUCGGAUAAUUAGUGAAAAUUAAGGGUAAAAUUGAAAUUUUCCAAGCAUUCCAAAAAUUUGUGUGUGUUUGUUUCAUGACAUUUGUGAAUUAUUGGCUGUUGCUAUUUGUUUAUAAUAAUCAAGAAGACAUUAUAGAAUAUUGAAAAUUAAUAUAUUAAUUGGAAAAUUGCUAAUUUUCACUAGGUUAUGGUGUAUACAGAGGGCGUGAGUGUACCGGGAUUACAGAGGGGUUGGUCAUAGUUUCGCGCGCUGGUCUCCCGCGCUCUGAUUAUCCAACUCCCGCAUUUUUUAUUCUAAUAAACAAUAAUUUAUUUAUUUAUUUAUAUAAUAUAAAUUUUUUUAAGUUAAUAAUAUAUAUAACAAACUAAUAUAAUGUGUAAUUUAAUAAUUAAUUAUUAAAUAAAAAAAAUAAUUAAAAAAAAAAAAAAGUAUUUAAGUGAAGUGGUAAAUGGACAAGGGAGAGACUUGAGCAUUAUGGCGAUUCAUUGAUAUACCCAAGCAUCGCGCGCUCUUAAUAUUUAUUAAUUUUUUUAUAUAUUAAAUAAUUAAAUAAUAUAUAUAAAAUUAAUUUUUAUAAUAUUAUUAAUAAAUAAACAAUUGGAUAUAUUAAUUUUAUAAUUGUCAAGUAAUAUUAAAUACAACUUUAUCACACGUCAUCAAAUCAUAAUCAAGAUGCCACAGACUAGUUUGCAAGAAAAACACCAGUCACAUUCUUACCUUCAAGCAAUGAAAUUAUCACAAUCAUCAAAACGUAAACGUAAAAAUACUGAACCAUGUGAAGAUUCAGAAAAUAUAUAUCCACCAAAAAAAAUAACAAUUGGUAGCAAUAAUGUUGCUGAUACACCAAAAACACCACAGUCAAAUAUAAUAACAUCAUCAUCAUCAUCAACAUCAUCAUCAUUAUUUAAAGAACAACGUGAACCAUCAACAUGGACAGAAUUACGUACAGCAACAUGUUUUUUAACACCAUCAAGUUCAUCAAAUAAAACAUGUCCAUUACCAUCAUUUCCAUGGGCAGAUGGUUCACAAGUAUGGUCAGUAAUGUGUACUGGUGAUCAAAAAACAUUAACACAAAGAGAUCCACUUAUGUUUCAACGACAUCCAACAUUACAACCACGUAUGCGUGCAAUAUUACUUGAUUGGUUAAUUGAAGUAUCUGAAGUUUAUAAAUUACACAGAGAAACAUAUUAUCUUGCAAUGGAUUAUAUUGAUAGAUAUCUUUCAACUCAUCAAAAUGUACCAAAAAAUCAAUUGCAAUUAAUUGGCAUAACAUGUUUAUUUAUUGCUGCAAAGGUUGAAGAAAUAUAUCCACCAAAAUUAUCAGAAUUUGCAUAUGUUACUGAUGGUGCAUGUACUGAAGAAGAAAUACUUGGUAAAGAAUUAAUUGUAUUAAAAGGACUUGGUUGGAAUUUAUCACCAGUAACACCACCAGGUUGGUUAAAUGUAUUUAUGCAAAUUGAAUCUGGUGAUUGGUCAAGACCAAAUGCAUUUAUUUAUCCACAAUAUAGUGGAUUACAGUAUUCACAAACAGCACAAAUAUUGGAUUUAGCAACACUUGAUGAAGGUAGUCUUAAAUAUCCAUAUAGUCAUAUGGCAGCUGCUGCAAUAUAUCAUACACUUGGACGUGAAUGUUCAUUACGUGUAUCAAGAUUAACAUGGGAACAAUUAUCACCAUGUGUUAAAUGGUUAGCAUCAUUUGCAAAUACUGUUGCUGAUGAAGGACAACAAUUAUUAUUAAGAACAGCAAUACCAUCUGUUGAAAUUAAUUCUGGUUCUGGUUUACGUGCAGCAGUACCAAAUAUUGUAUUAGAUGAAACACAUCGUAUACAAACACAUGUUGUUGAUUUAAAAAUGCUUGAAAAAGCACAAACAAGACUUAUUAAUAAUGAUUCAAUUGAUAAUAAUUCAAGUCUUGAUAUAACUGAUAGUCCAGAUAAAAGUGGUAUUUUAACACCACCAUCAAGUAGUCAAAAAAAUUCACCAUCACCACCAAGAUUACCUCCACAACUUGAACCAUAUACAUAACAAUUUUUUAUAAUUUUUUUCCUUGUAAGUAAAAUGAAAGAGAGAGAGGGAGAGAAAGAGAGAGAGAGAGAAAAAAAAAAAUGAAAAUUAUUAUGGAGGUGUUUGUGUGCUUGUGUAGGUGGAUUGGUGGGUGUGUUUUUUUUUUUUUUAAGUUUAUUUUUUUUUCUCAAAAUGCCUUGAUGCAUUUUUUGAUUGCUCUUUUAAUUGUCUAGUAAUAUUUUUUUAUCGAGGGCGAGGCAUCGUG